GAAAAUCCCUCUUUAAUUUUUCAAACCCUAGAGCUUGAUCACUAGAACCAGAAGCCGAGAUUUUCAAUCUCCAUUGUUGCUGUUGCUGAGAAGAUAUACAUACGUACAUGCGAACAAGAAACUCACGCGCUUAAUUCUGUGUAAUUUGAUUAGUUUAUUUUGGUGAAGAUCAAUUAUAAUGGAUAUUGAGGAAAAGCAAUCGGAGCACAUUGACUUUUUUGUGAAGCAAGCUUCGAUUCUCAGUGGUCCGGCGCUCUCAAACGUCGUCGUUCAGGCUACUUCACACCCCUCCCUUUUUGCUUUCUCCGAGAUUCUCGCCGUUCCAAACGUCCUUCAGCUUGAAGGAACUGACAGUAGUACAUUCCUUGAUUUGCUUCGCAUGUUUGCACAUGGUACAUGGAGUGAAUACAAGCGUGUUGCUAAUCGACUUCCACAAUUAGUUCCUGAUCAAGUCCUCAAGCUGAAACAGCUGACCGUGCUUACUCUGGCUGAGACAGAAAAGAUAUUGCCAUAUGAUACAUUGAUGCAAGAGUUGGAUGUUUCAAAUGUUCGCGAGUUGGAAGAUUUUCUCAUCAACGACUGCAUGUAUGUGGGAAUAGUCCGAGGAAAGUUGGAUCAGUUGCGAAGAUGCUUUGAGGUGCAAUUUGCAGCAGGGAGGGAUCUCAGACCUGGACAACUGGGUAGUAUGAUUCAAACGCUAGAUAAUUGGCUGACCACAUCGGAUAAUCUUCUUGUCUCAAUGCAAGAGAAGAUCAAAUGGGCGGAUACAAUGGGUGAAAUGGACAAGAAGCACAGAAAAGAAGUCGAUGAAAGAGUCGAAGAAGCAAAAAAGACACUAACUUUGAAGAGAUUACCACCUCAAACCAGGCAAACAUGGAUCCCCGAGGGCAUGGAGAGAUCUUUUCUGAACUUGGUGGAGUGAUGGACUAUGACCAAGAUCGUAGUCGUUCGAAGAGGAGACGGCAUCCCAUAGGUUGAUGAGAUAUAACUAAGAGGCAAGGAGGGCAAAUUGGUCAAACAACUUUCGGUUUUGGGUUCACGGCGUUGCAAUGGAACACAAUUGCUGCUCUUGAAGGUCUGUUGAUCCCUCUGAAUUGGACUAAUCAGUCAAUUAUAGAAAUUUGACCCCCCGUUACCUUUUUUUAUUUAUUUAUUACCCCAUCAUAUAUUCUUUUUGACUUGAUGAGAAACACUUCUAGUUUUGUCAUGCGGCUAAAAAAAUAUGUUGUGAAGAUAUGCCAACAAUAACUUAAUGAACCUAAAGAAGUUGCUCCGGUGAACCCUUUAUCAUUUCAUUCUGUGGUAUAAGUGCUCGGAUGAAUGUGCUUCAUUAUCUUAAAUUCAAUUAUUUAUUCGAUGUCUUGACUUUCCGUU